AAGAGGAAAAGGAGGAGAGGUGGCCAGGUGGUGGAGGGCGGUGACGGGACAAAGUAGUGGCCUGGGCGUGCCGGCGCGGAGGAGGGGGCGGCCAUGGAGAAGGGCGCGGGCACGCGGCGGUGGCGGCUGGUGGAAAGAGGGUCGGAUCGUCUCGCCUUCAUCAACAGCCAGACACGCAGCCUUUCCUGCGACCCGAUUCCAGAUUCACCAUGUCGUCCAGAGUUUGAAGGUAGCGCUGAAAAUGAGUUCAUUGAGAGAAAUCAGUUGCAGAAGUCAGAACCUAACAACGACCUGGUACCUGGAUUUCAACAUCCUAAUACUCGCCAAGGAGUCAAAGCUAGAACCUUAAGCUAUGAUGAUCUGGUACCUGGAAUUCAACGAGCUGAUGGUCGCCAAGAAAUGAAGGCUAGUACCUUGAGCUAUGAAGAUGAGCUUUUCCGCAAAUUUAAGAUGGGCAGUUCAGUCCCUGAAAUUUAGCCAGUAAAUCAAACACCAUUGUGUACCCAUGAUCUGGAAACUGUGAGUAACAAUGCAAUCCAUGCUGGAGUUAGUAAGAAUACAAGUGAUGACAGAGUUAGUAAGAUGACAAGUCUUGAUGGAGCGGCAAGUGUCCAACCUAGCAGAGAAGUGGAAAUGAGACCCAGAUCUGCACGUCCAAGCCAGUCAACCGAAGUGGACAAUUCAGGUUGGUCUGUGGAAACUCUGAAGGAACUCUUAGACUUCACGCCACAGGAGAUAACCAAGGCCAUAUCCGCGACUGAGAGUAACCGUUUGUUAGCAUCUGUCGCCAUUGCUUUGCUGGUGGUUCUUUCGAACUAGGGCUUGGACAUCGGUGGUGCCAUCACCAGAGUAUUGGUUGGUACAAGGCCACUUCUAUUUCUCAUUAUAACCAACAUCACCAUUGUCUUCACAUUGUUGAUGGAGAACAAAGACCCCAAUGUGAAAAGCAGGCCCGUCGGCGCCAACCUGGGUUCUGCCGAUAGCUUAGGGCAGAUGCUAGAGAUCGGUUUGCUGCUACAGAAAGCCCUAGGUGCUCUGCUGAUUGACUGCAGCGUUUGCGCUGUUAUUAUGAUCUGCUUUCUUGGAUUCUGAGGGAGCCUAGGUAGAAGUUCCGCAGAAAUCUUUGUAACUAUUUUGUCCCGUGCUCUGUACUGCAUCGUUCUGCUACUGCUAUUCAAUUCUGUAUCAUCUCACUUUGGCAGAGUUUUAAUUUAUGUACUCCCCGUUUUCUGUUUUCUGAGCGUAUGCAGUUAAUUAAACCAGGUCAACUGUUUUAGCCAGUA